AUGCCCUCAUGGGGAAGACCACCGGGGGCACGAAAGGGGAGAAAUAAUAGGGGACGCGCGGCGUGGGAGGAGACUCGAUUGGAGGAGGUGGAUAGUGAGGAGGAUGCAUACGGGCGGGAGCUGGUGCGGAGCGGUCGAUACAGGCAGUUGGAGUAUGGAGGACGAGGGCCGCGGAGGCGAGUGGAUUACGAGGAUCUGACGGAUGAAUCUGAAUCGGUUGAUGGAGGAGAAUUCGAUCUAUAUGACCAUGAGGAUAGCACGGUGGCCUAUGCGGUUCAAUUGGCCAUGCGGGACAAGGAAGAUCAAUUGGUGGAUACAGCGCUCGAACGAAUUCGCCGCGCUCAAGUUCUGGGAAAGAAAAAUGUUCGGCUAUCGAAACGCGAACUGGAUGCCUUGGAGCGCAAGCGCCAGCAGACGGACGGCUUAAGCCGGCGCCCAUCCGCCAGUGUCAAAGUGACGUCGCGCCCAUCGUCCCGCCGGAGCGGAGCAGUUGCUGCACCAGAGCAGCUGCCCGGUGCGUACCCGGCCUUUGCGCCUGAUGCACACAGCUGGGCUCGUGGGACGGGCACAAACAGUCGGCCGUCCAGCUCAUCUUCUGCUCGGCCCCGGACUCCUACGACACAAUCUCUUCGUCCCCAGCAGUCUAAUUCGCCUCUUCGACCUACGUACCCAUAUACACCCGAACGCUUUGCACCCAAUGGCCGACCACAGUCAAUGCAACAACCGCCUGUGUUCCAACGGCCACUGCCAGACGAUCCUCAAUGGGCGCCACCCUACUAUAAUUCCAUGCAGAUGAGCCCAUACGGGGAACCCGCGCCAUACCCAUCACAGGUUCCCACCGAUCUCCGGCACGGACAGCAGAAUCGAAUGAGUUACCCUUCAGGCCCUCAAUACCCAGUUUAUCAAUCUCAAUCUCCGGGCAAACGCCCGCAAGACACACCGCAGACCCGGAAAGACCUAGCUCCAGCUCCAGCUUUAGCUCCAUCCAAGUCGGGGUCGGAGGAAUCCAGUGAAGAAUCGAGCGAAGAUGAAGUGCAGAUCGUCAAGGUGGCCAAGGUGGCGGAGCGCAAGGCCCCACCCGUUGCAGUUCAGAGGCGGCCGGUUACUGGAACCACUCGUAAGCGGACCAGUCGAUGA